GUGUAACAGUUGUGAAAAGGAAAUAGUCAGUAACCUGGGAAGCUGCUCGUGCUGGGCGAGUGAAAAUUCCACAGCGGUGUCUACAGAACGGUGGCGCGGGGACGGGGCUUCACUGACGAGCAGCCAUGAGCUUCUUUGGGUUUGGUCAAAGCGCGGACAUCGAUAUAGUUCUGAAUGAUGCCGAAACCAGAAAGAAAGCUGAGCAUAAAAGUGAAGACGGAAGGAAGGACAAGUAUUUUCUCUUCUUCGACGGGGAAACCGUGUCGGGAAAAUUAAACGUCACGCUGAAGUACCCGGGAAAGAGGCUGGAGCACAACGGCAUUAAAAUAGAGUUCAUCGGUCAGAUAGAGCUUUACUAUGACAGAGGGAACCACCAUGAGUUUGUGUCUCUUGUCAAAGACUUGGCUCGUCCCGGGGAGCUCACACAGUCGCAGACAUAUGACUUCGAGUUCACACACGUGGAGAAACCCUACGAGUCUUACACUGGUCAAAAUGUCAAACUACGCUACUUUCUGAGGGCAACAGUGAGCCGGAGAUUGAGUGACAUCAGCAAAGAGCUGGAUAUUGUAGUGCACACACUCAGCACCUACCCUGAGCUCAACUCCUCCAUUAAGAUGGAAGUAGGGAUUGAGGAUUGUCUCCACAUUGAGUUUGAGUACAAUAAAUCAAAGUAUCACCUUAAAGAUGUGAUUGUAGGAAAGAUUUACUUUCUGCUGGUGAGAAUUAAAAUCAAACACAUGGAGAUUGACAUCAUUAAACGGGAAACAACAGGCACUGGACCUAAUGUCUACCAUGAAAAUGACACCGUAGCAAAGUAUGAAAUUAUGGACGGUGCACCAGUCAGAGGAGAGUCCAUCCCCAUCAGGCUGUUUUUGGCUGGUUAUGAGAUAACUCCGACCAUGAGGGACAUCAACAAAAAGUUCUCUGUGCGGUACUACCUCAACCUGGUCCUCAUUGAUGAGGAGGAAAGACGAUAUUUCAAGCAGCAGGAGAUCACACUGUGGAGGAAAGGUGACAUAGUGAGGAAGAGUAUGUCCCACCAAGCAAUCAGUGCAGCACAGCGCUUUGAAGGCUCCUCCAAUCCCGAGAAGUCUCAAUCUAAGAAUGCAGAAGACGACAGCUAAAGCCCAUUGUGUGCCUCAACUUCGCGUAGUGAGUGUCUGAGCAAACAUGGUGCAGGAGUGAUUAGCGAAGUCUGAAUGUGUAUAUCAUUAGUUGUCAUUGAAAUCGAAGUGCUGCAGGCUUUUUUUUACAUAUGAGUGAGGAGCUUUGAAAUGUUUUGUGGUUUGUCUGACAAGGGAACAAACUUUUAGACAAAAAUCUUUAGUUUGUUUUAAGCACCUUGAAGUACCAUCUAGGUGGAGUUUACCACAUUAAAACUGAUUAGACAUCAGCUUAAUCUUUGUUAUAAAAUAAGAGAUGAUCCAUUAGAUGCACUUACCUAGGAUUUAAAAAAAAUACUAUUUGAAUUCACAGUUGUAUAAUUGUACAGGAUGCUUUAGAAAGCCACCUGGGGACAAUGGCAUUUCUAACAAACCAUUUACUUGUCUGAAUAGCUAGCUAGCUAUGCUGUGCAAAAAUGGAAAUCCUACAUCGAGUCUCUAUAAAAAGGAUUGAUGAAAAUGGAUCUCGCAGUAUAUAUCUGUAUGUUUGCUCCCAAUAAUGGCGUAAUUUAACUCAUCUUCGAACCACCCAUAGCUGGGAAUUAGCUCAUGUCAUUUGGUUUUAAUUCAAGAAUGUUUCAAGCAUUGACUUUUAUAAAUAAAAAUACAGAACUUAAAAAAAGCUCUAAAAGAGAAACAUUUGCAUAUUUGUAUAAGACAAUGUAAGAUAUUUUCAUACAUUCCAAAGCUGUCAUUGAAUAUACAGUAGGUAUGAUUACAGAGUAUUUAUUUUUUAAAACAAUAUUCAAUUUUUAACCAGCGUUUAACAUAUUUGAAGCAUUGGUUGUGGUUGUCGUUCAGUGUUGCCUUUAAACACGGUGGAGUCUUUCUCCCAUCAUAUAGUUACAGCCUCUGAGGGUGUGUGAAGCGAAUCUCUCUAUAAUCUCAUGCAUUUUCUCCCUCAGUGCUUGGACUAACAAGGUUUAAUGGUCAGACUAAUGCUUCUCAGCCAUCGGUUAGACAGCAGCUGAAUAUCUAAUAGACAGUAUUACCUACAUGUGAUAAUGCUUGUAGGUCCAGCUGUCAGUAAUCUGUAGCCUGCAGAGAUGUCCUAUGUGGUUGCUUAGUCUUGUGCCUAAGUUUUUAUUGCCAAAAUAUUCUGGAGAAUAAUCGUUGAAUGUCUAAAAGACUGCAAGUCUUUUGGACAUUUAGUUGAUGUACUACAUCCACUUUUCAUUAAGUUGAGUUUUGGCGUAACAUCAGUUAUAUAUAGUGUUAAUAUGGAAAAGAUUUAAUCUGUGAGAAGCUACUCAUUCAUAAUAAAACUCGGUAUAUUUUCCAUAAAGGUGUAACCUAUUCCUGCUUCUGUUCUGUCAUCUAAUUAAGAUCAAUGUGUUAUUUUGGCAUUCCAACCAUCUAGCAUUCUACACUAUAACGCACUUGUGAGAACAUAAGGUGAAGCUCUGAAACCGAGUCCAUGCUCAGAUGGGGAUGCUGUGCAACUCUGCAAAGUCCAUCACUGUGUCCCUUAUAGUUGUGGACCUUUUUCUUUUUCUUGGCAGAAAUGUCGUACUAUUGCUAUGCUGAAGCAAGACGUCCUCUGUCACCAGACUGCUGUUCAGGUACCUGCUAGCGUUUAGGAGACAACAGGACACUUUUAUUUCAUUGAUGGAGCUCUACUGAGGAGCCCUCUUUUUAGGUGUGUUUGUAUUACGGGGACUCUUUGCACUUUUAAGACAACAAACAGCUCUGAUUUCAAAUUGAUGAGAAAUGAAGAGGGUCUUGUCACUUUCUUACUUGCAGAUUCUCAAGACUUACGUAUUGGUCCUCUUAAAUAAGAGUGGUCAUUAAUAAGCUUAAAGGCAAAACCAUUCUAAGGAACAAAGAACCUAAUAGACAGUGAAACAUAAACCUGAUACAGAAUUGCAAGACGCAUGUUCUGGUUGAAUCACUGAUUCUUCAGUUUUGAAUACUGGAAGUGAGACGCGUGAAUCAAACAGAUAUUGAAUGUGACAGUUAAACAGGACAAAGAACCCCACUAGUACCACUUCACAGCUUAUUAAUUCACAUACAGUCAGCGAAUUGUACAGCAUGUAUUCCACAGUAUUUGUGACACUUUUGUUCAAGUAUUUUCCAGAAAUCCAAAGCAAUGGAGUACCGGUACUGUAUGCUCAGUGUUUAUAUUUGUUCAUUCAUUUACGUGGCUGUUUAACUUUUUCCAGUACUGGUACAGACAUACAGUAGCUAAACUAACCCAGUUAAUAAGAGACAUGAAAAAAUGCAGAAUGGGAAAUAUUGAUGAAAUACACAGUAAACUAUAAUUUCAGCUGAUUUCUUUUUUAUAUUCAUGUAAUAAAUGAUUCUGUUUAUAAAUGUUGAUUUGUGAUUAUUCUUUUAUUCAUGUUCUACUUUACAUUAAAAGGGAGAAGCAAAAGA